UGGAUGCUUUGAGCACAUGAUUAGAAGCGGCUGCGUAAGCAGGAGCAGGAGCAGGAAACAGGACAGUCCUGCGUGGACAGAAGCGUCUUUAUGUCCCUCACCAGCGCUUUGUAAAGCAAAUAUGUGUGUGUUUGUGUUUGUAAAUGUGUGCGAGGUCUUGACUUGACACAUCCAACCCCCCCCCUCGCGCCCGCCCCCUCGGUGUCUCGGAGAUGCUACGUUUUGCUGCCAGAAGUGAAGUGUCUCCUCUCAGAGUCUGGGGACUCCACUGACAGAGACCUUGAAUGCCAAAAGAACAGGGACGCUUUGGGGAGCGGGCCGUCCGUAGCACCUCAAAGAAUGCCAAGGACAAGAGCAACAGUGCCACUCUGCGGGCGUCCAAGAGUGGCACCCACAUGGAGCCUCCGGGAAUGGGUGACGUGAGCAGGCGCAUGCGGCGCUGCGACUCUGAGAAGGAGUCGGAGAAAGACUCUGGUUAUUCAGAGGCCGGCUCAGACUUUGUGCACACUGAUGUAGACGACCAGCGCAGCAGCGUGAGCGAGCCUCACAGGCAGAGCAGCAGAAGCUGCUCCUCCUCCUCUUCCUCCUCCUCUUCCUCCUCCUCCAACAACAACAGUGCAAAUGCUGCAGGCCAUAAGAUGCCUGCUUACGAGGAGCUCACCCCCAUUUACAUCAUCAAAAACCUGGUAGUGAAGCCGUCCAGACCAGAACCGCUUCUGCACAGGCCCCUGGCAUGGGGUGGAGGUUGGCACGGCCUCACUGGUGCCAAAGCUCCCACCCAGCUCCUACUGAUCCAACAACCGCCGCCCGCUUCCUCCACCGCCGCCCCAACGCCCUCCUCCUCUCAAGCAGCACUACAAGGCGAAGUGAAGACCAGAGGUGGCCACGGCGGCCAGAGCCACCGCAGCAAGAACUCAUACCUGCCCAUCUUGAAUUCUUACCCUCGCAUUGCCCCGCACCCCAGGAAGGAGGGUCAUGAGGGCAAAAGUAGUAAGGGGGCUAAAGCGUGUGGCGGUGAAGGCCAGAGCAAGAGCAAGAGAGUGUGCACCGAGGAAGAGAAGAGGGAGGCUGUGUCGACCACCACUCACCUCCUGAAGCCACAAAAGGAGUGCAGAGUGCACUCUCAUUCGCAGCACAAAACCAGAGGAGGACAUCACUCCUUCCCCAUGUCACCCCACACCCCUCUCCCCACCCAGCACAAGAGCCUUCACUGUCAGCAAAGAUCAGGCAGUGUUGGCUCGCCCUCUGUCUCCAGCUCCCAGAUGCCGUCGCCGCCGUCAUCCUCCGACUCUACCUCGUCCUCCUCGCCAGCCUCGUCCUCCGUGGCUCACAGCCCGUAUCGCCUACUUCCAGACAGCUCGUCCGCGCGCCAGCGCCGUUUCCUCAACACGGCCGAGAUCCUGAACCAGUCGGGCCUGCUGGACAUCACGCUCCGCACCAAGGAGCUGCUGAAGCAGAACGCCGCCACAGAGCGAGAGAUCGCCCAGCUCCGGCAGCACACGCAUCUCCUGUGCCAGGCGGCGCAGGCCAACCAGAGCUGGUGCGGCGACGGCUCGGACGGCCUCGACAAUCUCCUGCAGGCCAUGACCAAGUCGGCCUCCUACCCGGACUUAGACCUCACUAAAACGAAGGCCCUUGGUGGCGUCCAUCAAGAGAGCAAAACUAAAACUGGGGAGGACAACGAAAAGGAGAAAAACAUAAAAAGCACCAAGACACGCAGCAACACAGUGCAGCUCGUGUCUCUGCACGCGAUAGAUGACGGCACGUCACCGCCGUCUCCCCUCUUUGCGCCCUCGCCGGACGCCGAAGAGCCACAGCAUGCCGACGACCCCCUGGACCUCAUGUCCAUCUUGUCUUUCCACAGGUCUCUCCCCGAGCUGGGAUACAGACACACAUUCAUGGACAAGGACAUAAGCGAUCUCACGAUGUUGCCCGAGAGCUCGACACACGAUGACUAUCUCCUCUAGCUUCCCGCGGCUGAAUGAUAAUGUAAUGACUGGCAACGUGACGAGAUCCUGGACGUACACGAGAGCAUGUGUUUGGUUUGAAUUAUUUAACAUGUCUGCAAUUAAAAAAGAAAAAAGAAAAAAAGAAAUGGAUAGAAACUCUUAAAAUAUGAUUAUUAUUUUUUGAUUUACACAUGGACUGAUGCACAAUAUUUACCUAUUCUUUAGUCAGGCAUUUUCAAGGUACAUUUCCAUUCUCUGUUCAGUCACCAGUGGAUGUAACGUGGUGAGAUAACUAAAGAGGAAACAAGAAUCAGGUCCGGUGAGGAGUAAUAAGAAAAAUAAUAUUUAAGAGUAUUUUACAUUUGCUUUGGCUCCGUUUUCUGUGUGCAGCAGGGACCUGACAGAUAAUAUUAGCUACGGGCAGAUCAUCUCUAAGCCUCCACUGCUCUGAAUUCAGACUCUGGAGGAUCUGGAUGUAACCGUAGAGCGACACGACCGGUAAAUAAACCUGAACCACAAAUGACCCCGGAAUAUGAGAGUGGACGGAGCAAAGGUUACAGCAGGAAGGAUUAGAUCCAGAACUACCUGUUCUUACUGUGUGACAUGAUUCUAUAUAUUCUCCAGUCCUGUCAGGAAGUGCUGACGCUAUUGCUAGAUAUGUCAGUUUAUUGAGUUGUGACUGUGGCUGAUGAGUAAUAAAGAAACCUUUUUGUCUUUUUUA